AUGGUGCUCGGGCUCCUCUUCAUCACGGCCAUUCCCACCGUGGCCGGAGUGGGCAAUGCCAUCAGCGCCCAGCAGCGGCAGCAGGAAGCAGCCAAAGACCAGGUCAAGUUCCAUCUAACAGCUCUGAUAAAACUCGGCGACGAGUAUCAGGAGGGGGCGUUCUGCACCCUGGCCGACAACCAGAUGUUCGUCGACCUGCCCGACUAUCCCGCGCCAGGCCACCGCUUCCACGGCUGGUACUUCAAGUACCCAAGCGAGGAGGGCCACAUGGGGCUGGUGAGCAGCAUCUCCGUGGACCCCCCGAUGCUCAACUGGAUAUACAUCGACAAGGACACGGGCCAGGUGCUGUACGGCGCCAGGAAGGACACGGUGGACCACGUCAUUGGGCCGUGGCACUGGAGCGACGACGAGGAGCUACUGACGCUCAAGGAGGACUACGAGCCGUUUGUGGCCAAGCGGGAGGAGGGGGGCAGGGCAGGU